AACUGGCGUUAAAACUUUCGGACGGGAAGCUGAUCGUUGUUUUUAGCCUCUGCGUAAAACAAUAGAUCGGGGACGGAUUUAAUUAUGAUAUAAAUGCUUUUUACAUGUCGCGUACUGUUUAAAACCGUAUACAGCAGCCCACCGUAUUUCAAAACAAGCUUAUGUGUUAAUACUUAACAUAUGAAUGUAUUUUAAGUGGCUUAAAGCCAGCCAGCUGACCAGAGUCACGCCAACUUCCUGCCACCCUAUACAAAAUUUUCGAAACGCGUCCCUGCUCGAGACCAAGGCAUUGUCUGAGGAACCUGUCUGAUUGGUGGAGGCAUACGUGGAGCCUGUUGUGUCGGCGUGAUACAGAAGGCCAAAGAGACCGGGGAGUUUCAGCGACAGAGAAGGAGCGGGAGAGGAGAAUGAGCCGGCAGACAUUCGGUGCGACCCAUUAAAUGGAGCCAGGGAGCUAAUGUCGCAGCGGGGGGGCUGGAAUCCGUGUGCCACGGUGACCCUGGCGGUGCUGUACAUGGGCUUGUGUCCCUCGGGGCAGGCCAUCAGUGUUAACAGCCCCCAGUCGAGCCUGCAGGCGUCCGUGGGGGAUGACGUCUUGCUGUCCGUCCGCUUCACCUGUGUCGGGACCCCCACCGUCCGAUGGAUGUUCUUCUCGGCCAGGGGGGGGCAGCAAGUCGCCACCUGGAGACCAGGCUUUUUCCGCAACGUGUCAGAGGCUUAUGUGGGCAGGCUGCACCUGCAUGAGAACGGCUCAGUCACGGUGCUCACGGUCGGCGUGGGCGACUCGGGCUUCUACUGUCUCACUGUAACCGAUGAGUCGGACAGCAGCCGGGACGCGGCCAUCCUACUGACAGUCAAAGAGGUGCUCUUUGAGGACGUGCAGUACCUGGCGGUCUUCAUCACCAUCCUGGGGUCGGCGGCUGGCUUCCUUGCGGUUAUGAUGUGGUUUCUGAACAAGGUCUCCGUGCGGAUUAAAGAGUGGUGCCACCGGAGGCACCUGCCAGAACAUGAGGAGACAGAGCUACAGGCUCUCUGAGACAAGGAAGGGUGACAAGGUCACACAUUGUAGGGACAAUAAUAUGAGGAGAGCACCGGUACGAGGCCGAAAGGUUUCAGCCUGAUGCAGGAACUCUUCUGUUGGAUUCAACGAAAGACUUCUAGGGUACAAAAGAACGUGAACUUCCCAUGGAGUCUUACUUAUGAAUAAUUUAUGCACAUAAGCAAUUACCUGGAUGCUAACAGAUCGUCAUGGAUACAUCCAACUUUUGCAGGAUGUUUUCUGUGUUUUAUGUAUUUAAUAUAUUUUUUAAAUAUUUCCAUUAAGCAUGUUAUCUGUUCAGUUUACUUUAAGGAGAAUGAAAUAAAAUUAUUAUUUUGGA